AUGGCAACCACCGAGGCCUCCAUGGCAGGAACAGGAGUUCCGCCAAUCAAUAUCGAGGGCACCGCAGAUUGGUCAUCCUUAAGCAGGAUGAUGAACAGCAAGGGGAUUCAAUUCUCCAAGGCGAGGACGGCGGGUAACAGUGUGAAGGUAUUCACAAAUACACCAGCUGACUACCGUCAGCUAGUCGCAUUGCUGGAAUCCAUCAAGCGGCCCUUCUUCACCUAUCAACUGAAGGAGGACAGGAUGGACCAGAGGGUCAUUCGUGGGCUACCCAGGGAGAUGUCAGUCAAUGACAUCAAAGAGGAUCUAGUGAGCCAAGGCAUCGCAGACGCCGAGGUUCAGCAGAUGACCUCAAGGACCACCAAGAAGCCACUUCCGCUCUUCCUCGUCAAGACGAAGAUGCCGGAAAAGCUUGCAGAGAUCCAGAGGCUGGCCAUGCUCACGGUCAGCUUCGAGAGGAAGAAAAAGUCUUCCGAGCCCAGCCAAUGUUACCGCUGCCAGCGGUACGGGCACACACAGUGGAACUGCCGUCUCGCUGAACGGUGCGUUAAGUGUGGAGAGGACCACAGCAGCACCAGCUGCAGUCUGCCAGCGCCGCCAACAGGGCAACGAAACGCCAAGUGUUGCCUUUGUGGAGAAGGCCACCCCGCCAACUACAAGGUAUGUAGUAAGGCCCCGAAGAAAGCUGCUUCUGCCCCCAAAGCAGCCCCCACCACAAAUAGGACCUCUUACGCUCAAAAAGCGAAGAAACCUAUGUCCACUUCUGCUCCAGCAGCCGCCACUGCUACUGGAACUACUGCGCAGAAGCAACACGGCGAUGACAGACUGCUGGCAAUGAUGCAAGCCAUCAUAACCCGCUUGAAAGCACUCGAGGCCAAGAUGCAAGACAAGCAGUAG